CAGUGUGUGUGCGUGCAUUGCCUUACCUGGAGCUCCUUUGCAUCAUUCUUCCCUGGGUACCACCAACAAAAUCCGAGCUGAUGUGCUGUUUGAGAGGCUGGAAAUGGAAGUGUUGAUGCUCUGCUUUUUGCCCUGGAUAUUUCCGUGUUUCUCUGUACGGGCGGACUCCAUCAUCCACAUUGGUGCAAUCUUUGAAGAAAAUGCAGCGAAGGACAAUGAAGUUUUUCAGCUGGCUGUGUCGGAUUUGAAUCUCAAUGACGAUAUCUUGCAGAGCGAAAAGAUUGGACACACUAUCAAGAUUAUAGAACCAAAUAACCCAUUUCAAGCCGUCCAGGAAGCUUGUGACUUGAUGACACAGGGGAUUUUAGCCUUAGUGACAUCUACUGGUUGUGCCUCAGCAAAUGCCCUUCAGUCGCUUACAGAUGCCAUGCAUAUCCCUCAUAUCUUUGUACAACGCAACUCAGCUGGAUCUCCACGCACUAUUUGCCACCUUAAUCCUAGCCUGGAUGGAGAGGAAUAUACAUUGGCUGCCAGACCAUCAGUUCGCCUCAAUGAUGUCAUGUUGAAACUGGUUACUGAACUUCGAUGGCAAAAGUUCAUAGUGUUUUAUGACAGUGACUAUGAUAUCCGCGGACUGCAGGGCUUUCUGGACCAGGCAUCAAGAUUAGGUCUAGAUGUAUCAUUGCAGAAAGUAGACAGAAACAUCAGCAGAGUUUUUGCCAGCCUCUUUACCUCUAUGAAAACCGAGGAGUUGAACCGCUACCGUGACACCUUACGAAGGGCGAUAUUGCUUCUAAGUCCAAGAGGAGCACAGAACUUCAUUAAUGAGGCGGUAGAGACCAAUCUUGCUUCAAAGGACAGCCACUGGGUUUAUGUGAAUGAGGAAAUCAAUGAUGCUGAAAUAGUGGAGCUUGUGCACAGCGCUCUUGGAAGGAUUACUGUUAUAAGACAAAUCUUUCCUUCUCUGAAAGAAAGUAAUAUCAGAUGUAUGAGUAAUAACCACAGAAUUGCUUCACUUCCCUGUGACCCGCAAGAAGGCUAUCUACAAAUGUUACAGGUGUCCAAUCUGUAUCUGUAUGACAGUGUACUGAUGUUGGCCAAUGCAUUCCAUAGAAAACUGGAAGACAGGAAAUGGCACAGUAUGGCAAGUUUGAACUGCAUGAGAAAAUCAACCAAACCUUGGAAUGGAGGAAAGUCCAUGCUGGAUACAAUAAAAAAGGGUCGUAUAACAGGAUUAACUGGAAUUAUGGAGUUUAGGGACGAUGGCUCCAAUCCACAUGUGCAAUUUGAAAUUCUUGGAACAAGCUACAGUGAGACGUUUGGCAAAGAUGUGCGACGGCUGGCAACUUGGGAUUCCUUAAGAGGCCUUAAUGGAAGCUUGCAAGAGAAGCGACUUGACAAUGACCUACAAGGAUUAACGCUGAAAGUGGUGACUAUCUUGGAAGAACCUUUUGUCAUGGUAGCAGAGAACAUACUUGGCCAACCAAAGAAGUAUAAAGGUUUCUCAAUCGAUGUCCUUGAUGCAUUAGCUCAGAACCUUGGUUUCAAAUACGAAAUUUACCAAGUCCCUGAUGGAAAGUAUGGACACCCCCUUCCUAAUGGUUCCUGGAAUGGCAUGAUAGGUGAACUUAUAAAUAAGAGAGCAGAUAUUGCUGUAUCAGCUAUCACCAUUACUCCAGAACGGGAAAGCGUGGUGGAUUUCAGCAAACGUUACUUAGAUUAUUCUGUAGGAAUUCUUAUCAAGAAGCCAGAGGAAAGGAUAAACAUUUUCUCACUCUUUGCUCCCUUCGACUUUGCCGUGUGGGCCUGUAUUGCAGCUGUGAUUCCAGUAGUUGGAGUACUUAUUUUUGUUCUCAAUCGUAUCCAAGCCGUGAGAGCGCAGACCUCAUCACAAGCAAAUGCAUCUACAUCCUCAACUCUACACAACGCUAUAUGGAUUGUAUACGGGGCAUUUGUUCAACAAGGUGGAGAAUCUGUGGCAAAUUCUGUGGCAAUGCGGAUUGUGAUGGGCAGCUGGUGGCUUUUUACCCUUAUUGUGUGUUCCUCUUAUACAGCCAAUCUGGCAGCAUUCUUAACUGUGUCAAGGAUGGACAACCCAAUAAGAACUUUUCAAGACUUAGCUAAACAAAUGGAUCUGUCUUAUGGUACAGUUAAAGAUUCUGCAGUCUAUGAAUACUUUAAAGCAAAAGGAACAAAUACUCUGGAACAAGACAGCACAUUUGCAGAACUUUGGAGGACUAUUAGCAAAAACAAUGGAGCUGACAACUGUGUCUCUAGCCCUUCUGAAGGAAUUAGGAAGGCAAAGAAAGGAAACUACGCAUUCUUAUGGGAUGUGACAGUUGUAGAGUAUGCAGCUCUAACAGAUGAUGAAUGCUCUGUGACUGUCAUCGGAAACAGCAUUAGUAGCAAAGGCUACGGAAUAGCACUCCAGCAUGGCAGCCCAUACAGAGAUAUUUUCUCCCAGAGAAUUUUAGAGUUUCAAGAAACAGGUUAUUUGGAUGUUUUGAAACAGAAGUGGUGGCCACGGAUGGGGCGCUGUGACUUAAACAGUCAUAACGAUGCACAAACGGAUGGGAAGGCACUAAAGCUGCACAGUUUUGCUGGAGUGUUCUGCAUCUUGGCAAUUGGAUUACUGCUUGCUUGCCUGGUGGCUGCCCUCGAAUUAUGGUGGAACAGCAACCGCUGUCGGCAGGAGUCACCAAAAGAGGAUAAAGAAGUUAACCUGGAGCAAGUUCACCGAAGAAUGAACAGUUUAAUUGAUGAAGAUAUGGCUCAUAAACAAAUCUCCACUGCAUCUAUUGAAAUAUCAGCACUGGAGAUCGGUGGCAUGUCAUCUAGUCAAACCCUGGAGCCAGUUCGGGAAUAUCAGAAUACUCAACUUUCAGUCACCACCUUUUUACCUGAACAUUCAAGUCACGGUGGUGGUAGAACACAUAGUUCUGUUUCAAGCAGUAACUUACCCUUACCUCUUAGCAGCUCAUCAACCAUGCCCUCUAUACAGUGUAAACACAGAUCGCCAAACGGAGGACUGUUUCGUCAGAGUCCUGUGAAAACGCCCAUGCCAUUAUCAUUCCAGUCCAUGCCAGGGGGACCAAUUCCAGAAGCCAUUGAGCCUUCUCAUGGAACAUCUAUAUAGUUAUAAAAAAAGGAGGAAAAAAACCUGCAAAGCUUUUUAAUACAACUAAAAAAAGAAAAAAACAUAAAAACUCUUACGUUUUUCUUGUACAUAUCUGUAAAUAACAAAAGAAUGAAGUGGGGUAAAA